GGCGGAUCCCUGCAGUUAGGAAGCACAUGAUAAAACUGGGAAAAAAGUUUGCAGCUUUGCAGCUUUUGCUCUUCGGCUCUUCCUGAAAGUGAAACACCUUCCACAGCAGCCGACAUUGCUCUCUGACACCGUAACUCUGAACAUGGCCUCCACAGAGCUCGCUCUUUUAAGUGUAUCAGAUAAAACCGGGCUGGUGGAGUUCGCCAGACGGCUGGUGGAUGCGGGGCUGUCCCUGGUGGCCUCAGGAGGCACAUCCAAAGCGCUGCGUAAUGCAGGGCUGGCUGUCAGGGAUGUGUCUGAGCUGACUGGACACCCGGAGAUGCUGGGAGGCAGAGUGAAGACUCUGCAUCCUGCUGUUCAUGGAGGCAUCCUGGCCAGAAAAAGCGCCUCUGACGCUGCAGACAUGGAGAAGCUGGGAUACAGCCUGGUCAGAGUGGUGGUUUGCAACCUUUACCCCUUUGUGAAGACUGUCUCAAGCCCUGAUGUUACUGUGGAGGAUGCUGUUGAGCAGAUUGACAUAGGUGGUGUAACUCUGCUGCGAGCCGCAGCUAAGAACCAUGCCCGGGUCACCAUUGUGUGCGAUCCUGCUGACUACUCCCAAGUUGCCAAGGAGAUUGAAACCUCAGAAGACAAAGAUACCAGCUUGGAAACUCGCCGAACUUUGGCCCUUAAAGCCUUUACACAUACGGCGCAGUAUGACGAGGCCAUAUCGGACUACUUCCGUGGGCAGUACAGCCGCGGGGUGUCCCAGCUGCCCCUCCGCUAUGGCAUGAACCCCCACCAAGCACCCGCCCAGAUCUACACACUGCACUCUGAGCUCCCCCUCAAGGUGGUGAACGGCUCUCCAGGCUUCAUCAACCUGUGUGACGCUCUGAACGCCUGGCAGCUGGUCAGAGAGCUGAAGGGAGCCCUUGGCAUGGCUGCUGCCACCUCCUUCAAACACGUCAGCCCUGCUGGAGCUGCAGUUGGAGUUCCUCUGAGUGAGGAGGAGGCCAAAGUGUGCAUGGUCCAUGACAUGCUGAAGGAUCUCACCCCUCUGGCCACGGCAUACGCACGAGCAAGAGGCUCAGACAGAAUGUCCUCUUUUGGGGAUUUUAUUGCUCUGUCAGAUGUUUGUGACGUUCCAACAGCCAAGAUUAUAUCCAGAGAGGUGUCUGAUGGAAUCAUAGCACCCGGUUAUGAGGAGGAGGCGCUCAAAAUUCUAUCGAAAAAGAAGAACGGCAACUACUGUGUGCUUCGGAUGGAUCCGGAUUACGAGCCGGAUGAUGCUGAGGUGAGAGUGCUGUUUGGUCUCUACCUCAAACAGAAGAGGAACGGAGCUCUCAUCAAUAAGGAGUUCUUCAAGAAUGUUGUUUCCAAGGGCUCGCUUUCUGAGGAAGCUGUGAGGGACCUCAUUGUGGCCACCGUCGCUGUCAAGUACACCCAGUCCAACUCUGUUUGCUACGCCAAAGAUGGACAGGUUAUUGGCAUUGGCGCCGGUCAGCAGUCUCGUAUCCACUGCACGCGGCUGGCGGGCGACAAGGCGGACAACUGGUGGCUCAGACACCACCCACGUGUCCUCGACAUGAAGUUCCGCAGCGGUGUGAAGCGAGCUGAGAUGGCCAACGCCGUCGACCAGUAUGUCAGCGACACCAUUGGAGAGGGCCCUGAUUUGGCUGUUUGGAAGUCCAUGUACGAUGAGGUCCCAGAGCCUCUGUCACUUACUGAAAAGAAGAACUGGAUCAGCACCCUGCAGGCCGUGGCCAUCAGCUCUGAUGCAUUCUUUCCCUUCAGAGACAACAUAGAUCGAGCAAAACGGAGUGGAGCUGAGUACAUCGCUGCUCCAGCGGGCUCUGCUGCUGAUGAGAUUGUAAUUAAUGCCUGCAAUGAGCUGGGAAUCACUCUGGUGCACACCAACCUGCGACUUUUCCAUCACUGAGCAUCACUACAACUAACAUCUCUGAUACUGAGACAUUCCUUUUGUUACAAUUAGAGAACUGUAGAAAUCACUACUGUUUUUUUUAGAAGUGGGUGAGUCAUAAAGUAGCUGUGAAUGUUAAAUGUAGGUCAUUGAAAUGCAAAUAAACUGCUGAAUAGUUCUGUU